AUGGAAAAUACGCUCCUGGCCGGCGCUCCGUUCGGUACCACCCGCAGCAAGACCAUCCCCAAGGAGCACCUUGCCUCCGCACAAGACCUGGACACCAUCUGGUCGCUGGGGGGAUAUCUACAAUACUCUGUGCUUUUUUACGGCUACUACAGCAAUGUGCGUAAAAUCGGCAGUGCCGGCUACAGACUACCCUUGGCCUAUUUUCUGGUCGGGAUGGCCAUUUUUGCCUACAGCUUCAUCACUUUGCUUAGAAAAAUGGCUAAAAACUCCCGCAUGAGUUUAGCUGGCGCCUCAGACGAGAAUUACACCUUCUGCUGGCGUGUCUUCUGUGCAUGGGACUAUCUGAUUGGGAACCCAGAGGCGGCCGAGAGUAAAGGGGCGGCCAUCGUCAAUUGCAUCAGAGAGGCCAUUGUAGAAGAGCAAGAAAAGAAGAAAGACACAAGCCUAGCCGUACUGAUCAGUUUGCGGAUUCUGGCAAACAUUCUGGUGCUGCUGUCUCUGACUGGCAGCAUCUACAUCAUCUACUUUGUGGUGGAUCGCUCUCAGAAACUAGAGCAGGAGAAACCAGAGCUAACACUCUGGGAGAAGAACGAGGUGAGUGUGGUUGUGUCCCUCAUCACAAUGAUUGCUCCUUCAGCCUUUGAGUUAGUGGCUCAGCUGGAAAUGUACCACCCCAGAACGAGUCUCCGCUUCCAGCUUGCCAGAGUUCUGGUGUUGUACCUUGGAAACCUCUACAGUUUGAUUAUUGCCCUCCUGGAUAAAGUCAACAGCAUGAGCUCUGCUAUCACUGGGGGUCCAGGAAACCUGUCUGACUCAACAUCAUACCUUGCGACGAUUUCCCAGCCUACUGAGGACAACCUGUCCACCAUCGUCCCGGAUGUCACAGAGCGGCAGAACAGCACACUGACCAUGACUCUCCUGGACCUCAACAACAGUAUGACCACCAUCAAGAGCACCACAUCCUCCGCACAACCGAUGAGAAUGCAGUCUCUGCUAAACCAGACUGUCCUUUAUGAGUACAACACCAGAUCACAGCAGGACCCCUGCUGGGAAACAUAUGUCGGCCAGGAGAUGUUAAAGCUCUCCAUCAUUGAUAUGAUCUUCACGGUGGCAAGUAUCCUGCUUAUUGAUUUCAUCCGGGGACUGGUGGUUCGAUACUUGAGUGACUGCUGCUGUUGGGACUUGGAGAGCAAGUUUCCAGAAUAUGGUGAAUUUAAAAUUGCAGAAAAUGUUCUUCAUCUGAUAUACAACCAAGGAAUGAUAUGGAUGGGAGCGUUCUUUUCACCCUGUCUGCCCGCCUUUAACGUCCUGAAGCUUGUCGGCUUGAUGUACCUGCGGAGCUGGGCUGUGCUGACCUGUAAUGUUCCCCAUCAGCAGGUCUUUAGGGCCUCCAGAUCAAAUAAUUUCUAUCUGGCGAUGCUUCUCUUCAUGCUUUUCCUGUGUAUGUUACCGACCAUUUUUGCCAUCGUAAAGUACCGGCCGUCUCAGUACUGUGGACCGUUCAGUGGCCAGGAGAAGAUUUACGACAUAAUUUCCGAAACCAUCGCCAAUGACUUUCCGCUGUGGUUCAGUAAAGUGAUGAGUUACGUCACCAGUCCUGUGGUGGUGCUGCCUGCUCUGCUGCUACUCUUCAUGCUGAUCUACUACCUCCAGGCCAUCGCUAGAUCACUCAAAGUCACCAACAGCCAGCUGAGACUGCAGCUGCAGACCGAGAGGACAGACGACAAGAAGAAAGUAUUUCAGUUAGCUGCAGCGCGUCUGCAGGCACCUGAGGGCAGCGAUAAAAAGCCGGAGCAAGAGAGCGACAUUACUAGUAUGGAGUCGUCCGCCCGCUCAGCCUCUCCUCAGCGCCGCAACGGUAGCGUCGCCAACUUCGAAUCUCCCGUCCGCAUCGGCAACAGCAUCCGAACCAUAACGCAGUCGGCUUCACGGUUGGACAUCCCUAGAGCCGCCGGAGCGACUCGGAGCCCUUCUGUUCCCGUGCGGCAGAAACACAAAGCAGAGCCUGUGGCCAGUAGUGCUUUCAGAAUGUACAGCAACCCCUCAGUUCCUCAAAGACAAGUACGACGAGUGGAGUACAUACCCAUCAGGUUUGGUAUAUUCAUGAAGUUUGGUUAUGAAAAAACAUAA